AUGAGAAUGCACCAGGUCCACGGACAAGCUGAUGAAGGACUUUUCACUUUUUCCUCUUCAGCAGACCGCGGUUGUCGGCCUCUCGACGCCGCUCUGGCCUCGACCGACCGGCCACCCUACCUCGCUUUAUAUUCGAUUCGCUCAGCUCCCAUCGGCGUUAGCGUAGACGUAGACGUAGACGUUGGCGACGGUGUCGGUCCUGAUUGGCCGGGCAGACCGACGGCUGUGCGUGAUUUGGCAAAUGAGGUGUCGGAGGUAGCUUCGAGUCAAAAUGAAACGACGAUGGGCAAAACGACGUCUGGACCAAUCGGAAGUGAGUCUCGCGGUGACGAGGCCGCGGAGGCCGGGACCGGGGAUAGGUCGGAGGGGAGCUCGAGGGCAAGUCGAGUCGGUCUCGUGACCCUUUCGGGCCGCCGGCGCUCGAGACCGUCCGGCCUGAAGACGUCCGCCGGACCCUUAGCCCUUGAGCCUGCCCGGGUGCCUGGGGCCCCUGGGGCCGCCGGGAUCCCGGAGCCCCUCGGCUGUCCCAAUCUGCCCAGCAACCUGCAUCUUCUCUUCGUCCAGCUUACCUCGACGACGUCGUCGGGCGCUCGACGUGCCUGCAUCGUCGAGUUGAGCCGCCAGUUCGACCGCCAGCCAGGCUGGACGGCCGAACUGUUGUUUUCACGACCCGCCGCCCUCUCUGCCCUCAUCCUCGAGCUCGUCUCCAGGUACCCGGCCAUCGAGCCGCCCACAAUGACGCUCAUGGAUCUGCAGGUGAGCCGUCCAAUCUGGCGCAAAGUUGUGUGCUUGUGUUGGCAAGACUGUCGUUUCGUAUGA